AUGGCCAACCUUCGAAAAACCCACCCCAUUCUUAAAAUUGCCAACAGCGCCUUUGUAGACCUCCCUGCACCAUCUAACAUCUCUGUGUGAUGAAACUUUGGAUCACUGCUAGGAUUGUGCUUAGUAGCUCAAAUUCUCACAGGACUAUUUCUAGCAAUACAUUACACCUCAGAUAUUGCAACAGCUUUCUCCUCAGUAACACAUAUUUGCCGAGAUGUAAACUACGGUUGACUAAUCCGCAACAUACAUGCUAACGGAGCAUCAUUCUUUUUCAUCUGUAUUUACAUACACAUUGCACGAGGACUUUAUUAUGGAUCAUAUUUAUACAAAGAAACCUGAAAUGUUGGAGUCGUACUUCUACUCCUAGUAAUAGCCACCGCAUUCGUAGGCUACGUACUACCCUGAGGACAAAUAUCCUUUUGAGGGGCCACAGUAAUUACUAACCUAAUAUCAGCUGUGCCUUACAUUGGAAACGAUUUAGUACAAUGAGUGUGAGGGGGGUUUUCUGUAGACAACGCUACCCUAACCCGAUUCUUCGCAUUCCAUUUCCUACUCCCAUUCGUAAUCGCAGCCGCAUCUAUAGUCCACCUACUUUUCCUCCAUGAGACAGGGUCAAAUAACCCUGCCGGAAUUAAUUCUGACGCAGAUAAAAUCUCAUUCCACCCUUAUUUCUCAUAUAAAGACCUAUUAGGAUUCGCCGCCUUGUUAAUUAUACUCACAUCAAUUGCCCUAUUUACACCUAAUAUUCUAGGAGACCCUGAUAACUUUAUCCCAGCCAACCCUUUAGUAACCCCGCCUCAUAUCAAACCUGAAUGAUAUUUUCUAUUUGCUUAUGCUAUCCUACGAUCAAUCCCUAACAAACUGGGGGGUGUGUUAGCUUUAUUGUUCUCAAUUUUAGUGCUAAUACUGGUCCCAAUCCUUCACACAUCCAAACAACGGGGGCUCACCUUCCGACCUUUCGGUCAACUUAUAUUUUGGAUGUUGGUAGCAGAUAUGAUAAUUUUAACAUGAAUUGGAGGGAUGCCUGUAGAACCCCCGUAUAUCUUAAUUGGUCAACUGGCAUCAGUUAUUUACUUCCUUAUCUUUUUAGCAGCUUUACCUAUAUCAGGCUGAAUGGAAAAUAAAAUUCUUAAAUGAAAUU